GUUUUGUUAGCUGUUUUCUUUUUUGUUACGUUAAGCAAUAAUUGUACGACCGAAUUAAGACACGUUCCAGCAAUGUUUUAGAGAAGUAAAUUUUAAUUUCUCACCAAAUUUCCUUUAAAGAUCAAUUUAUAAAUUAAGUAAUGAGGUUAGAAGAAUCGACAGAAUUCGACCGUCUUCGGAAAAGUGGAAGAGACGAACCUGCCAAAGAGGGCGAAGUCGAAAGGUGCGAGUACGACGACGAAGUAGAAUCUCUCGAGAAUCUUUUCAAUCAAUUAGACAACAAACAGAAUCUAAAUAAGGACGAGCUUAGAAAAUUGUGGAACAAACUGCAAAAAUUCGAAGCGAAAUCGUCAGAAAGAGUGGAAUUAACUAGAAGUCGCGGAACCGGCAACGUUGUAAAUAAAAAUCGACACCAGCGCCCGACGGUGAAAUGGCAAAACCAAAGCUACGACGUUUACGACAGACGACGGAACGAAAAGUGUAAUAUUUGCCAAGAAGGGAAGAAUAUUUCACAGACGCAUCGAGAUAAUUUUUGGGAAGAGGAAGGCGGAAAAUUGCACGGCGAUUAUCAAAAGAUAAUUGGGCAAUUGUUGGAAGAAAUGGGGAAUUGCGAUAGCGACAGACAACGCGAGUCGCGCCGGCUGCGAGAGAAAUUCGAAAGAGAGAAGCGCGAAAUUUCGAGACAUUACGAGAAGUUGAUGGAUCGAUUAGUCGCCACCAGUCGCGCGGAAGUGGAAAAAUAUAAACAGCUGGUCGUAAAUAAGGAAAAGGAGAUAGAGGAUUUGACCGAAAAAAACCAAAAUUGUCAAUAUGGCCGAGCGAAAUUUAAAUUUAUAGAUAAAAUGCUUAAGCGAGGGAGUCGGAAAGCGGCUAGAUUAGAAGGUGAAGAGAAGGGGAGGGUGGAAGAAGCCAGUGUCGAAGAUAAGAGUAAAGGAAGGACGGAAAACGUGUCGCGCGAAGACAAGCUAUCGGAAGAUAACGCGAGAAAGCGUUGGCUUCGAAGGAGGAUCCGAGUAGCGGAGUCGACUAUAGAAAGGUAUCGAGUGGAGAUCAAAGAGAAAAGGGAACUUAAUCAAAAGUUAAGAAGGUUGCGAGCUGGAUUGGGGGAGGUGCAGUGGGAAAAGGAGCUGCUGAGCCGGUCGUGCCGCAACUACAAAGAACCUACUACUACUGGCGACAAAUGGCAGAAAUCCGAUCGUCCCCACUCCCACCGGGAGAAGGAGCAAAUAGCCUUUAGGGACGCGCGCUCUUUCCAACGGAACCGGACAAAUCGGAAACACAAAACGGAGCGAUACAACCGAUCAGAAGACACCUGUAAAGCGGAAGAGGGUGCAAAAUUUAACGACGAGGAUAAAAAUGCGGCUACCCAAUCGUAUCCUAGAAGACAGACUUGGAAAACAUUUCUAAGCCAGGAUUGGUCGAACAAUUUCCUUCGUCUACCCGAGAGGAGCGAAGAAGGGUCAUCGAAUCAGGAAGGAAUUGGAAGCGUUUGGAGGAACCGACCUGGAUUUUCCUCCAGGAACGUCAUCGCGGCGCGUCAGUGGUUGAAGGUCAACAAACAACACGAUUUUCUGCUGCUGGACGGAAAAGUGGUCGAUGCCGAGCGGCAACAGGAGAGAGGAAAAGAUGCGAAAUUCUGCCUGCCAGAUUAGAAGUGGUCUUUUCUCACAAUCCUACGGCCUGGCGACGUUAUUCUAAGCGAAAAGCGCAUAUUCUGACGCCAAUGUCACUUAAUAAAGAGUUUGUAGCGUAGUUUCUACCCGUGUCAAAGUUCAAACGAGAUACGAAAGAGAAAUAAAUGACGUCCGAGUUGGGGGCGCUGCCGGAGGGUCCGUUGGACCGGAAAUGGCGGAUGUCGAUUCAUUUUUCUCCGUGUUGCCAGCCCGUUUUCGGAGUUUUGGCCGGUGUCAGAGGUAUCUGCUCCGAUCGGACCAGAGAUGCUUUAUUAACGAUAGCGGCCGUUUGUCACAAACAGUGUUUUAAUUACGUCACGUACUAAUUAAUUAAAUUACGGGUUAUUAAUCAGAAUUCGGCCUGCUGUUGUCACACCGGCGGUCAUUUCGCAUGCCGCAUUUAUCGCCCGACGAAGACCGGAAGCGUUCAAAAACCCGAAUAGGGAGUGAUUCCGUUUGGAAAGAGAGACGGGCCUGUGCCGUUUGGGCACGGAGGCCGAUCUUCCCCGAUGAUCUAACGGCGGAGAUAAAGGGAGUAAGAGCGUCUGUUCUCGCCGGUCGCGAAUUCGCCCGGCCGAUCAAGAUGGCGUCGCGACACCUCGAAGUAGGAAGCGGCGCGGCGCUGAGGAGGACGAUUCGCACACCUCAUUAACCUUCGAAGAUAAACAUUCGAGCAUAAAUUUCUCGGCGGCGGCGGGUUAAUUCCGCGUUUCGUCAUGCGCGACGGCGAUAAAACACGGCCAUCUCCCGUGCGGCAUAAAGCCGGCGGGGCGGAAGGUUUCGCUCUGUUAGGUGGCGCCGAGCGCCGAUUGUGCAUCGUCAGCGCUUCGCGUGCCGCUUUCGACGCCGGAGCGCGUCGUGAGGGAGGUAAAAGUGUCGAGCGCGUGAUUUACUUCCGGUGGCCGGUCUGCGGGAUGUUCCUUCUCGACGAGAACCACCGAAAAGGGCUUAGUUCGGGCAGAGGAUCAGCCGUCUCCGCCGGCGGAGGCGCAUAAAACGGUCGUUAAGUACAAGCCGGCGGAUAAACCGCGCUUCCGUCCUCUGGCCCGGAAAACUACCUUUCGCAUCAUAAAAUCCACCCUCCGCCGUUUGGCGGCGCGCGCCAAGUGGCAACGGCGUCGCGCGUGGCGUAAUUAAGUCGGGGGGAGGACGCUG